AUGGUCAACAAAGCCUCCAACCAACCAGGUUCGCAUACUACUAGCGAUGCUGGCAAAGCCAAUGACACCCAGAGCGUCAGCAAGCGCGACGUAAUUCGUGAGAUCUUCGCCUUCUCCAAAUCCAAGACAAAAGAGGUCGAUGCCACGGUUACCAACCAGACAGUGAGUGCUCAAACCCCUCCUCAAGUUGUAGGACCGCCUACUGCAUCCUCAGCCAGUGACGUUCACCCAGUUGCCGACCAAGCUGUCACAUCCACCCCUCCUGUCGACAAGCCCCUGCCUGCACCUGUCGAAACCAAGAGGAUCUCGAACAUCUUUCUCAAGAACUUGCCUGCGCCUGUGAUGAAGACUACGUUGCCUGCUGUCCAAGAUCGCAUUGAGGUCACCCAACAGUUGGCCUAUUGCAGUGCCUUGCUUCUCUACGGUUCAUCUCCUGCACUGGCCACCGCUGCUGAACUUGAUGAGCAGGCCCGCAAUCCCGCCAUAACACUGCAGAGGUUCCAAAACCUUGACAACAAGGAACUUGAUUGGCUUGCAGAGAUGGAAAAGAACUUGCCUGCGAAGGAACGUAUCUCCUGGCUGGGAACACGCAUGGUCGACGAGUUUGCCAAGGAUGUCCUCAAAGACUCGACCGAGAUUGCCGAGAUUGUCCUUCUUGGCCCUGUCUUGGACAAGGAGACUUACCGCAGCCUGCUGUCGUGCACCAUCACCGCAUUCGAGCAGUCUGUUCUUCUGAAUGUCGAUCUCCUGCAAGGCGUAGUUCAGUUGGUCCAAGUGGCCCCUCCUGACUCUCUGAUCUCUGACGACUUGGUCAAGAUCCUCCGUGUCCUUAGGAUUUGCUUACAGGACACCCACCAGCAGUCCUCGGCGCACCCUUUUCAUCUCACACUGGCGCUGUCGCGACUUCUUGACGUGAUGGCAGAGCACAAGGUCAAGGAUUUGGACCGCGUCGAGGAUCAUGAGCCAUUGUCGGGAAUCUUGUCAGGACUGAAGGGUAGCUCGGAUGCGUACCUGAUGUACCAAGCUUGUUAUGCAUUCCAGGCGCUCCAGUAUGUCCCUGAUGAUGAGAGCGCUCUUCAGUCAGUUCUUCGACACGGGACUGGAGUUGUAAAUGGCCUCAUCCAGGUUUCUGGUGUAUUCAAGCUGGAUCUAGAAGCAGUUCUUGAGGGUCUAGUCAACCUUCAAGAAGCACUCGGUGGCUUCAUUGGAGUUGCCAGUGAUGUCUACAAGGGUGUGAACUCUGUGAUGGAGAGUGGCCGCGGAGUUCUGGAUGGUCUCAAGGAAGGAUUCUCUGAAGGAAAGAAGCGUCCAUGGUACGCAGCCAUCCGUGUUGCUCAGGCUCUUUUCCAAGCAGGCCAGCUGAAGGAUCUCAACCAACUCAUUUACGAGGCACCUUGUCGUGGUGACCCCUUGUUCCAAUGGGGUAUCUGCCAGAUUCUGGGAGAGAUCGCAUCCGAUGUUAUCUGGAAUAUCAAUGUCCGCCAGCAAGCCGUCGACCUUCUCGGAGACCUGUACAUGAACGAUCUAGAGUGGGGGAAGGAUGAAAGCGUCCAGAGCUGGAUGGUUAACAUUAUUGGCAAACUCAGUACCGUUUCAGACCAGGCCGUCAAGACCAUUGCCAUUGACUUACUCAGAGACCUCCACCAGGAUCAAGGCACCACUACCCGACUUCCUUACCCGCUGAGGAACCGUCUUCCUCUGCCUACAUCGUCUCCGAUCCUCGCGCGCGUUCAAAACAUUACUCCCCUCGAAUACGACUUAUGCCAAUAUCAAGUCCAGCGAUUACAGCAGCACCACCAGACAGUCUAUAUCUCACCGUUAGCGAAACCUAGUCUGAAGGCCAAGGACGAAGAUGUCUUUCCUCUGCUGGAGAAAGUGUUAGAGUUCCUGGCAAGUCAGCGACAAGUGAUGUUGGUACUAGGUGACUCUGGAUCUGGCAAGUCGACAUUCAACCGCCACCUCGAACAUCGACUCUGGACCGAUUACAAGCAGGGUGGACCUAUCCCCCUGUUCAUCAACCUCCCUGCCAUCGACCGGCCAGACCAGGAUUUGAUCGCCAAGCAUCUGAGGGCCAACAACUUCAGCGACGAUCAGAUCCAGGAGAUGAAGCAGCACCGCGAACUCGUACUCAUCUGCGACGGGUACGACGAGAGUCAGCAACAGGACAACCUCCAUCGAAGCAAUGCGCUGAACCAACCAGGACAGUGGAACACCAAGAUGGUCAUCAGCUGUCGCACCCAGUUCCUCGGACCCACCUACGUCGAUCGGUUCAAGCCGCAGCCCACAGAUCGUUACGCUUCUGGUUCUCAGGAUGUCUUCCAAGAAGCUGUCAUCACCCCCUUUUCCAAGGAUCAGGUCAAGAACUAUGUCGAGCAGUAUGUCCAAGAUCCAGAGACGGUGCUUUUAUUCAAAAACCAGUCUGCCUGGUCCUCGGAGGAGUACAUGUACAAGUUGACAGCCAUCCCCAAUAUCAUGGAUCUCGUCAAAAACCCAUUCCUGCUCACCCUCGCUCUCAAGGCUCUCCCUGGCCUGGUCGCUUUGAACAAAGCUCUUACGAGCAUUCGCAUCACCCGCGUUCGUCUUUACGAUAUGUUUGUGGACCAGUGGUUGGAGACGAACCGACUCCGCAUCCAACCCAACAAGCUGAGCCAGAAGGACUUGGAAGCAUACACCUCCCUAAUGGACGAUGACUUUAUUGGAUGCGGGAUCAGCUACUUGCUACGUUUGGCUGCGGCGAUCUUUAAGAAGCAGGGCGCCAACCCGGUUGUCCAGUAUGUUCAUCUACAGGACAAGGACUCUUGGAAGGCGGAUUUCUUUGGGAAUGAUCCCGAGGCCAAGUUACUCCGUGAGGCCUCCCCAUUGACGCGCACCGGCAGCUUGUUUCGCUUCGUACAUCGAUCGGUGCUGGAAUAUCUCCUCUCUCGCGUCAUCUACAACCCGAUCGAGACUGUGGGGGAAGACAUGGAUCCAGAAUGUGAGAAUGCAUCCCCCUCCGCUCUCUCGUCCGAUGGCAACGGCCCCUUGUUCCAGAAGAACCUGCUUGCUGAACCAUCCAUCAUCCAGUUCCUGUGUGAUCGGGUCAAGUCAACCCCAGAUUUCGAGCCACAACUCCGGGCUGUGAUCGACCUGUCCAAGACCGAUGAGACUGCAACCAUCGCCGCCGCCAACGCCAUAACGAUUCUUGUCCGAUCUGGUGUGGCCUUUCAUGGUGCCGAUCUCCGCGGCGUAAAGAUCCCUUGUGCUGACCUUUCCGGUGGUCAGUUUGACUAUGCGCAGUUCCAAGGAGCAGACUUGACGGAUGUCAAUCUUUCGAGGAGCUGGUUGCGAGAGGCGGAUUUGAGCGGCGCAAAGAUGGAUGGUGUCCAAUUUGGGGAACUCCCGUACCUAGAGGUGGAGAGCUUUGUGCGUGCCUGUGCCUACUCGUCUGAUGGAAGAACGCUUGCCGUGGGUGUAGGGAUUUUGAGAAUGGGUGUUAUCAUUUACAACACUUCAUCAUGGAUGGAAACCUAUUCUUUUGCAGGACCGGAUGAGGUGGAAACUUUGGGAUUGUCUCCCGACGGCACAAGGGUCGUGUUUGGAGGGGAGGAUGGGUUGGUUAGGCUGUGGGAUUGUGCCAGCGGCCAAGAGAUGUUUGUCAUGGAAGGGCACAACAACUUUGUGUACUCCGUUGCCUUUUCUCCCUGUGGCAAGCAAAUCGCCUCAUCUAGCAAUGACGAAACAGUACGAGUAUGGGAUUCUCGGACCGGAGAGAGUCUCUUUGUCUUAGAGGGUCACACGGACGAGGUCUGGAGUGUCAAAUAUUCUCCGAGCGGUGAGCGGCUGAUAUCGAGUAGUUGGGAUGGGACGAUUCGGUUUUGGAACUCGGAGACAGGAGAAGUAGGGAUUGUUUUGGACUUUUCCAUGGAGGAGGUUCUCAGUCUUGCCUUUUCUACUGAUGGACGGUGGAUUGCUUCUGGUCAUGCGGGGGGCGAUUUGCAACUUUGGCACGCGGCGUCUGGAGAGCCAGGUCCCGUCCUGCAUGGCCAUACCAGAAGCGUUACGGGAAUUGCUUUUUCUCCAGAUAGCCGGUGGAUCGCUUCUUCCAGCCUGGACGAAACAGUGAGAUUAUGGGACACGUCGACAGGCACUCCCAUUAACACGCUAUCAAGCCAUAUGACCGCUGUGAACGAUGUCGUCUUUUCUCCGAAUGGCCUUCAAAUCGCAUCGGGUGGCGAUGACAACAGAGUGCGGCUGUGGGAUGUCGACUCUAUCUUGAUGUCGAGUGUUGAGCAACAGGAUCAACCUGGGGCUGUAAGGAGGACAAUGUACUCUCCGAAUGGCCAAGCUAUUCUUACUCUCAGCAACGGCAAAACAGUCAAGCAAUGGACCUCUCUGACAGGAACGCUUGUGACACCUCCGAUUGAGUUACCGGAAUCUCUAUCAGUCAGAUCCGUAUCAUAUUCAUUGGACGGCAUCGCAACCGCAGUUGUCAAGCAAGGCAUGACUCUUCGAUUGUGGGAGCUUCAAGCAGGAGGUCCAAAGGCUAUUCUGGAAGGCUACAGCGGGGCGAAGUACGUUACCAUGUCGCCUUUCUGUCGCUGGAUCGUUUCUGUUGACUCGAACAAUACCGUGAAGCUAUGGGACCUUGCCAGUACUCAAAAAAUGCACGUACUUAUUGAGAAUGACGGAGUCGAUGAGGAAGGAAUCCGUUACUUGGCAUUCUCCCCGACCGGACAUCAGCUCGCAGUUGGCACUCGGGGUGGCACCAUCUGGGUCUUUGAUGCUCAAUCGAAAAGUCUAAUAAUGUCUAAGUCCACACAUCGGGGUAUUGCGGCGAUGUCGUUUUCGCCGGACGGUCAGCAGCUUGCAGUCGGAACCGGUGAUUGCUCGAUCUGCCUCUGGAGCGUGCAGUCAGAGGAUUGUGCUAUCGAGCUGAGAGGACACACAGAAUGGGUGGAAUGCAUUGCCUACUCACCUUGCGGCGAAUGGAUUGCUUCCGGCAGUGCGGACAAAACAGUUCGAGUCUGGCGCAGGCGGCGACCACCAGGCGAUACGGAGACCUGGUCGUGUGUCUCGACAGUCCGUAGUUACUUUGAUCCCGUCCUUGACAUUGCCUGGAAUCCGACCGUCCCUAUGGAAUUUGCCACCGGUUGCAGAGACGGAUCUGUCCGAGUCUGGCGAGUGUCGAGCGAUGGUGAGGGUGUUGUCGUCAAGCUACUCUGGGGCACUAAUCUUGCGGUUCUCAACGCAGAAGGUCUUGUGCUCAAGGGUGCGACUGGCCUUAGUCCGAUGCACCGGAAGUUAUUGGUCCAGCGCGGCGCCAUUGACGAGUCUUUGACUUUAGGGGAAGUUGGAGGUCUGGGCGUUGAGUAG